GGCCUGGGGCGCCGUGGAGGCCCCGUCUUCUGCCGUCCCCCCAGCCUGCUGUCAGCCUGUGUGUUCAGGCCGCCCUCGCGCCCAGCCCUGACCUUGGGCCGGUGGGCUGCCCUGGGAAAGGCCUGGAGGUGCCCUGGGUCACCUUCCUGGGCUGGCGAGCUGCCUGCCUCCUGCACAACCGCUGCCCUUCCUGUUGUCCUGGAGCCACCAGCCACAGCUCUGAGAGGCUCCUGGCAGCUCCUGUUUGCCACUGGCUCGGAUCUGGGCAGGCAGGCAAGGCCCGCAGAAUAUCUGGUGACCAAGAAGGAAAGCCCAGAGCCUCAGAGACCGUCUUCUCAGUGGACAAAAUUAAGGCCUGAGGAGGGGAGGGGAGUGCUGGAAGUCUGUGGGACUCCAUCUUCCUGAGGCCCAGGAGCAGCCAUUCCCUACACCUGAAGCCGGAAAAUGAACCACAGAGCAAGCUGACCCCAGCGACGCAGCCUCCCAGCCCUACUGUGUUUCCGUUCCUAUCGAAAAAUGGAUGACUCAGAGACAGGUUUCAAUCUGAAAGUCGUCCUGGUCAGUUUUAAGCAGUGUCUGGAUGAGAAGGAAGAGGUCUUGCUGGACCCCUACAUCGCCAGCUGGAAGGGCCUGGUCAGGUUUCUGAACAGCCUGGGCACCAUCUUCUCAUUCAUCUCCAAGGACGUGGUCUCCAAGCUGCAGAUCAUGGAGCGCCUCAGGGGCGGCCCGCAGAGCGAGCACUACCGCAGCCUGCAGACCAUGGUGGCCCAUGAGCUGAGCAACCAGCUGGUGGACCUAGAGCGCCGCUCCCACCACCCCGAAUCCGGCUGCCGGACCGUGCUGCGCCUGCACCGCGCCCUGCGCUGGCUGCAGCUGUUCCUGGAGGGCCUACGCACCAGCCCUGAGGACGCACGCACCUCUGUGCUCUGCACCGACUCCUACAACGCCUCGCUGGCCGCCUACCACCCCUGGAUCGUGCGCCGCACCGUCACCGUGGCCUUCUACGCGCUGCCCACACGCAAGGUCUUCCUGGAGACCAUGAACGUGGGGUCCCCGGAGCAGGCCGUGCAGAUGCUGGGCGAGGCCCUCCCCUUCAUCGAGCGUGUCUACAAUGUCUCCCAGAAGCUCUAUGCCGAGCACUGCCUUCUGGACCUGCCCUAGAGGCGGGAAGCCGGGGCCACACGGGCUUUCCUGCUGCAGAGCUGGGCUGUGGCGGCCGGGCUGAGUCCCAUAGCACAGCUUUCUGGGCACCCCAGGAACAGGAGAGCCACUGUUGCUCCUAUGAGCUGAGCUUGUUAGGAACCACAGACUGUGACAUAGAAGGUGGCGACCAGCCCAGAAGAGGCCCACCCUCUCGGUCUGGAACAAGACACCUCAGCCAUGACUCCCCCUCAGCCUGUUACACACGUGCCAAGCCAGGCCUCGCCAGGGUGCAGAGCGGAGCAGGCAGGGGUCGGGGCCGGGCCUGCAAGGUCCCAAAAGGUCGCCACCCCCCAGCCUGUGGGGCAGAUCUGCGAAUCGGGGUGAAGUCACAGGUCCCGGGGUGUGAAGACUCCAUCUGUCCUCCUUUCUGCCAGCCAACGUGUCCUCAACUCAGGCCAGGUCCUGGUACCCCAUGCCUGCCCAGGUGGGCAGCCCUGAGCCCAGGGGACUUAAUCCCAUCCAUGACCAGGCUGGCAGAAACCUCCCAACAGCGGUCUGGGCACCGUGGGCUCUCCCCACCUCUCUUGCCUUAUUUGCCCCUCAGCGUGCCAGGCAGACUGGGGGCAGGACAGCCAGAAGCUGAAGCCAAGGCUCCUCGCAGAAGGCCCGGGAAGGCCCCGCCCUCGGGACAGCCUCCUCUGAAGCCCUGCACGGCCCCAGUUCCCCAGCGGAUGCAGCAGGCUGCCUCCCGCAGCGGCUGUGGGUCCGCACAGCACAGCCCGAGACCCCCAGGAGCCGGGACUCUGCUACAUGCAGUGAGACGUCGUGUCCUUUCUCCCCCUGCCCCUUGAUGCCCCCUCCCCACAGUGCCCAGGAGACCCGAGGGGCACGGAACAGGAGAGCCUGGAUCCUGUGGGCCAGCCAACGGCUACCAAACAGCUACAACCAGCCCAGCCACUAUCCAGUGCCUGGGGCCUAGCCACUGGCUCUUCACAGUGGACCCCAGCACCUCGGGGUGGCAGAGGGACGGUCCCCACUGCCCGGCAGACGCGCGAGCUUCUGGAGGGCAACCCAUGUGACGUCUUCCAACAUUAAUAAAUCACACAGCCUCCCAGGAUGGGGACGUUGGGGUGCA